GAAGCUCACUUGUUUAUACCUUCUAGGUUUUUGUCUACAUACUUUAGGAAAUGUGGCACCUUUUAAGUGCAAAUGUGAUGUGAGGAACCGUAAAGUUUUUUUUAAACUGAGAAUUUUACACUGACAUUACAGUAGUGUUACAUACUUGUACAUACUCGUUUUUUAUGAAAUCUUGUUGGACAAAUGAACAAGCUGAUGUCAAACAUUAGUCACUUUAUGCAGCUAGGUUGUGUUAAUUUACUCUUUGUGUGAGCCAUUGUGGAGAAAGUAAAGGAAAACAUGUCGCUUUACUGACAUUAGAUGUGACGUUGCGUCUUGAUUUGCUGCUAAUAUUAUCCUUCAAUCUGCUGCCCAUAAGGCUUAGAUGUCUGCUUCAUAAGGGCCUUCUCAGGUACCCCACACUAUAACUUCUUAUCACAAAGGUGCAUUCAUGUAAUGUUUUGAAGCACUGGGUACUGUGUGACCACAGAACAAGGACAUGAUUCAGCACAGUCAGCUAAGCUAAUCUUUUAUUGCACACUAGUUGGGUUUUAACUGAUAACCAUACUUCAGUGAGCUAUGUCCCGCGCACGCUCUCAGCAGUCUCCCACUCUGGUCCCUGGCUCCGUCUAACCAGGUGACCCUGGUGAGAUAAGAUAAAUCUUUGUUCUCUCUUGUUUGCUCCUCUUCUGAGCUCCUGGCAGUCCACCUGGGCAGGUAUAUGACCUAUAUAAAUGUGUGGAGCCUGACAGUUGACUGGAAAACAGAGGAAGAUCUAAGACUUGUUUAUUACAAACGCCGCUAUAGUUCUGGCCGCUGGCUUUUUACAGUCUUCACUGGGUGAAGUGUGGAUGGCUCGGAUAAUGCAUGGAGGUGGCGAGGGAUCACUCGACCGUCUCCUCCCCUCGGUAAGCACAGGCCUCUCGCCCAGGAAAAGGACAACCAGCCAGUGUAAGUCAGAGCCUCCUCUGCUACGCACCUCCAAGCGAACAAUCUACACUGCUGGUCGCCCACCCUGGUACAACGAGCAUGGAACACAGUCCAAAGAGGCAUUUGUCAUUGGCCUGUGUGGUGGCAGCGCUUCAGGAAAGACAACUGUAGCAAGGAAAAUCAUAGAAGCUUUAGAUGUACCCUGGGUUGUACUACUCUCAAUGGACUCUUUUUACAAGGUCCUGUCCCCAGAGCAGCAGGCGAUGGCUGCCAGUAACGACUAUAACUUUGACCACCCAGAUGCCUUUGACUUUGAUUUGCUGACACACACCUUGCGCAAACUCAAACAGGGCAAGAGCGUGAAAAUCCCUGUGUAUGACUUUACAACUCACGGGAGACAAAAGGACUGGAAAACAGUUUAUGGAGCCAGUGUUAUCAUCUUUGAGGGAAUCAUGUCCUUUGCAGAUAAAGAACUGUUGCAGUUGCUGGACAUGAAGAUCUUUGUGGACACAGACUCUGACAUCCGCCUGGUGCGCCGAUUGAGGAGGGACAUUACAGAAAGGGGCCGAGAUAUCGAGGGGGUCAUCAAGCAGUAUAACAAGUUUGUUAAGCCAGCUUUUGAACAAUACAUUGAGCCUACCAUGCGACUGGCUGAUAUCGUGGUGCCACGUGGUGGUGGCAACAUGGUGGCAAUCGACUUGAUCGUACAGCAUGUUCACAGUCAGUUGGAGGAGAGGAAACUUCGCUGGGAUAUGGCAGCCCUGGCUUCUGCACACCAGGCCCAACCCCUCCCCCAGACCCUCAGCGUUCUGGAGAGCACACCUCAAGUCAGGGGCAUGCACACCAUCAUCAGAAACAAGGAGACCAGUCGCGAUGAGUUCAUCUUUUACUCUAAGAGGUUGAUGCGGCUGCUGAUUGAACGAGCCCUCUCCUUCCUCCCCUCACAGGUCCACAUAGUGCAGACCCCUCAGGGAGAGGAUUACGAGGGAAAGACUUUCCACGGAAAGAGGAUCACAGGGGUGUCCAUCCUGAGAGCCGGGGAGACCAUGGAGCCGGCUCUGAGGGCCGUCUGCAAAGACGUCCGCAUCGGCAAGAUCCUCAUCCAGACCAACCAGGACACUGGAGAGCCAGAGCUCCAUUAUCUUCGUCUACCGAAAGACAUCAGUGAGGACCACGUGAUUCUAAUGGACUGCACUGUGUCCACUGGAGCUGCUGCCAUGAUGGCCGUGCGAGUCCUGCUGGAUCAUGAUGUUCAAGAGGACAAGAUCCUGCUGGUUUCUUUGCUCAUGGCUGAAAUGGGAGUCCAUUCUGUGGCUUACGCGUUCCCGCAGGUCAAAAUCAUCACCACGGCUGUCGACAAGAAAGUCAACGAUCUCUUUCACAUCAUACCUGGAAUAGGAAACUUUGGAGAUCGGUAUUUUGGAACAGACGCACCGCCUGACUGGAGUGAUGAAGACAUGGAUGAGCCCAGUUACUAAAUCAACUGCUGUCAGUUGACUUACUUUUUGAGAGAUUCGGGGCUGUGCUCCUGGACGAUAUGAAGACAUACCAUUUGCCCCCGUACGGCUGCUGUUGAAGAGAAGAAAAAUAUUGCUUAUUUGUAUCUGUUUGGUUUUUUUAAAUAAUGUUAUUUAAAUUUGUGUUAAAUAUAUUUUUUAUUUGUACAGAAUGUAAUAAGGUCAGAGGGUUUUAGCACUUAAAUUGUGACAAUCUCUAUCGACUUCUGCAGAAAUGUUCUGAAAAGAUUUUUCUAGCCUUAAACCAUGUACUGUGGACGACACAACUGAAUGUGAAAUUGCAUGUGACAUAAAAGGAAAAGAAAGAAAAAAAGAAGUAAACUUUUUAAGGUUAUUUUUUACCACGCACCUUCCUCACAACUUUCACAAAAGUAAAAUCAGAACAUGAACUCAUGUUGCUCAACUUCCAUCGCCAUGAGCACUUUCUGAAGGACCAUUCAAUCGGAAAAUGUGUAGGUGUAUUUUUUUUUUUGUCUCCCUUUUUUUUUUUUUAGCACACUGGUUCACUCUUUUCCUUCUCUGUGGAUGCUGACCUAACCAGUUGAAAAGGAUGUUGAAAAGCAUUUUUCAUUAUACGGCUUUAAGUGCGUACUUGUGGUGCGUAUUUAUGCAGAAUGUCGCUCAUUUGCAUAUUUUUUUACUAUGGAUAGUCCUGACCAGUCAGCGAGCAACUCGUACGUCUUUUUGUUGCAGUGAAAAUGGGUCAUCUUCAUUUAUGUGAAGUGUUUAUUUUAGUCUCUCAGAUCCCAAUUUAUCCCUCCAUUUUUUAUUUGUUUCAGCAGCGCAUCAGAUUGUUUGUUCAAAAAUGGCUUUUGUGGACAUAUGAACUCAAAAUAUCCAAAGGUCACAAAGAGUCCUGAUAGUGCCUCAUCUUUAAACUGUCACGCUAAAAAUGAAUGAGAUCUGUCAAUGCCAUUGCCUGUUUAACAUUUCCUUACUGUUUGCUGAAAAUGAUGCUUUAGUUUGCCAAACACGAGGUGCUUCGCUUCAUCCUUGCGGGUAUACGAGUCCGGGAUAUUUGAGGAAAGUUGUCUAUAAACUUCUGAUAUUAUAAACCGGGCCAUAAUUACCAUUACACGGUGUUCAGUUUAACAACAUUUUCUAUGUUUUCACAGUUAUUUGCUUUUUUGAGGAAAGGAUUCAUAAAACAACAAAGGAAAAAACAAAAACAUUGCACUGAAACUGUAAAUCUGUUCUGUCACACACGCAGCAAGUUCACCUUCAAAUAUUAAUUGUGUGUUAAUGUACAUUAAAUGUGCACGGGUAUGAACCGAUUGUGUUAUGUAGCCUCAUUGGGUUUUACUCAUCUGCAUGUUUUGAUUUUGUUUCUUUUUGGGACUUUGUUUGGUUUUGUUUUGCUUUUUUAAAAUAUUGAAUAAAAGUGCAAUACAACUUUUAAA